UGUUUUAAUUUUAUACUCGUGUUUCUAAAACUUAUCAUUACCAUUACAUCCGUAAUGUCUGCCAGUAAUAAAUGUUGUUUUUUAUAACAUUUGAGACACAAAUUAAUGCAGAAUAUACAACGCUAAAAAGGAUUAAGUAAUGGGCAAAGGUGAGGUGAUCAGUGAUAGAACGGAUACCAAUGAGUCGACAAGUUAUUUGACAAAAUCUACAUCGGAAGCUAGCAAAAUGUUGGAGGCAGCACUUCUUCAAAUGGACGGCAUUCUAUCUGGAGCUGAGAACAACUCGGAGUGGAAAGAUCAUAUAAAAAAUAUCACUAGAAAUUUGAUAACUGUUAUUCAAAACGCACCAACUUCACCUCCGCCACCUGAUCCAACGACUACAGAAAUUCUAUUACAGUGGCUACAACCCGUACAUUGUAUAAAUAGUCAAUCGGAGUCCUUCGAUGCAGCUUCGACAAUUAAACAUUGGAAUAAUCGUUGGACACCUUCAGAACUCUAUGACUCUUCAGGUACAACUUCAACGUCUGAACCUAGUGAAGAUUAUACCGAGGAUUCACCUCACAUAAAUUUUGAUACUUUGAGUUUUCAUAAUCAAACUCAUGGCUUUUGCAAGUCACAAGGCUGUCUCUGCCAGUCAUGUUUGUUGGGAUAUGCUAGAGUAAUUGCGCUCCAAGGAAGUCUACCAAAUAUCUGCACAUCUGGAAAAGUCUCGCAUUUGGUUAAUUCGUCCUUCCAUAACACAACCUGUACCAGGUCUCAAAUUUUAUUCGUAAAAGCUGUGUCAAUAUUUUGUUCCUUUAGCAUUUCUACUAAAUUAGCUCAACAUGUUUCCAAAGACAUGCCAUAUAUUGGUUGUGGCUGUUCCUCAGAUCAGCAUAUCUGUAACUGUCAUUUAUCACCGUAUGCGAAUGAUUCUAACUCAAAGAUGUUUGGUUCAAUCAAGUCAACUGGAUCACAAGUUAAUGGAAUGAUGAGCAGCAUAGCCGUGCAGAACAAUCGAUGUGUCGGUUCAUUGGAUCGACGUAGAAAAAAAUUAAAAAAUAAAAUUGAUCGGGAUCACAGAGCUAAAAGUCAGAGUGACUUGAUUUAUUGUGAUAAAAAAAUUAAUUCACAUUACUGCUCGCCACAACAAUUUCAAUGCAUGAACAAUCUACAUUCAAAUAGAAACUCUAAUAGCAUUGAGGAACGUUUACGUAAGUUGGAAUACGAGCGAAGUGCACUUCGUAUGGAAAUUUCUAUUUUAUCGGAGCAAGUUGAUGUCCAAUCAAGUAAAAUUAUUGAACUCGAAAAUGCUUUACAAGAAAAACAAGAUUCUUUGAGAAACAUGGAGGAAUCAUUACAAAAAGAAGUAUUAUCACGCAGUGCCCUGGAAACACAAAAAUUAGAACUUCUUACUUCGUUAUCGGAGAUAAAACUUAGGCAAGCAAGCUUGGAACGUGAAAAUUUAACAUUACGUAACACUAAUACUUUAACAAAUGGUGAAAGAUUUAGCAGACACGCUGGUCAUUAUAGUAGCUUACCUCGACCGCCAACAGCAACUAAAAAGGGAGUAGUUUUUGCUGAUGAAGAGAAAACACUAAUUACGGAUACAACGAACUACAUAAAAUCUUCUCUAUCAAAGCCGUUUGUUAAUUUAUCAAUUUUGGAAGUAGGUGAAUGGCUAUUGCAAUUAGGAUUGGAAUCAUAUACAAACGAAUUAAAACGUUGGGGAGCAACUGGACAUAAAUUGUUAAAUACUUCGUAUAAUCAACUUGAAAAAGAAAUUGAUAUAAAAAAUGUUUUACAUAAAAAAAAAUUUCUUUAUGCAAUUGAGUCUGAAAAGUAUAAUGGUGCUGGAUUUCUUGGGUCAGAUAAGAUGGAUAAUGUAUCAGUGUUACGUUGGCUGGAUGAUAUUGGCUUACCACAGCAUAAAGAAGCUUUUCACAAUGCUAAAGUUGACGGUAGAGUUCUACAUAGAUUAACGACGGACGACUUGGUAUUACUGAAUGUUACAGCUCAGUUACAUGCAGCAAGCUUACGACGUGGUAUUCAAUGUGAAGUUAUGGAUAAGAAUAAAACUCAAGUAGCAUUGUGGACAAAUCAUAGAGUUAUGGAAUGGCUGCGUAUAGUCGACCUCGCUGAAUAUGCACCAAAUAUGCGCGGGUCGGGUGUUCAUGGCGGACUCAUAGUUUAUGAACAUCGAUUUACCUCUGAAUUAUUAGCUACUUUACUAAGUAUACCACCAGUUAAAACUUUACUUCGUCGGCAUUUAACCACUCACUUUAAUGAGAUUGUUGGUAGGGAAGUUGUUCAACAAAAACGAGAAAUAGAAAAUACGCUUGGAUUCGUGCCUCUUACACUUACGGCUAGAUUAAAGGUACCAAAAAGAACACAAUUUACGCUCAAACGCAAAAAAUGUAAGAAUGAAAUAGAUGUUGGAAAUCUAGUUUGUCCACUAGAAGGAUCACCAACAGGUACACCAUCAACAUCUUCAACAAGUUUGGGAAGUCCUAAUCUCAACUCACCUACAUUUUAAUCAGAAACAGAUUCAUUCAAGCUGUCAUCUAAAAGCUAAUUAUUUCAGAUAUCGAGAUAGGAGAACAAAAACGUGUUAUUGGCUGUAUGUAAGAAAAGCAAUUGAAGAAUAGAUAAAUAUUAAAUGCAAAUUCAUAGGGCGUAUCUGAGCUUACACGAACUGAUUAUUAAAUUGCAAGUAUGAAAAUAUGAAAAUGCUAUCAUAUUACAAGGUUAUUUUUAAGUACAUAAACGUUAGAAAUAGCAGUUUGUAGUAACGUAAUUAAAAUAGGGUGUCUUGCUUGUUAAAGACAAAUUUAUUAUUUAAUUAUCAACAACAUGGAAGUGGUUAUUCUAUUGUUGUAUAGAUUGUAUUUUUAUUAUACUGAUCGUCAACCAUACAAUAUUAAAAAUCGUGAUAAGUUUUUGAAAGUACCUUUACUAAUACAAUGAACAUUAAUCGAAUGGCCUCUAAUUGCUACAUGCCUCAUCUAUAAUAAUUGUAAUUAAAUGAAGAAACUGAGUUACCAGUGUCUGGAUGUAGCCACAAGAAUUGCGAGCAAGUCUGUUUUCUUUAAUUUGAUUAAUGUAUUUUAGCGUAACUGAUCUUAAUUUUAACUGACAACAAUGAGAUAGGUGGUAAUGGAAUAAAUUUUUGAGAGAUUAAAAGGAUCGAUAAUUUUAGAACUCCUCAGUUUUGGAAUAGCAGUUAAUGUUAAAAGUAUUUAUGAUCGAGAAGAUUUAUUCUGAAUAGACUGAUGUUCUUAUCCAGAAAGUAAAUAUCUAAUACUAAGAUUUAUUGCAUAAUUUUAAUUUGAUCAAUAAUGAGUAUACAAUGCUAUAUAUCUUGUGCAAUUACAGCUGAAUACGAGUAGUGGUAUAAUAGCGGUAGUGAGUAUUAGAAUUUAUAUGACUUCAACAAAUUCCAGAAGUAUGACAGAUUUCUAUUAUAUAAUAUCAACUCGAGUUUUUAUUUGAUAUGUGCUCUAGAAAAUUUUUAUUA